CUCCGGGCGGUUGGUUGGAGCGUCGCAGCAGCCGAGAGGUCCCGGAAAGUUUCUUUGGAGGUGCGGCCAGGAGUGGCCAUGUCCCACGGCCCCAAGCAGCCCGGCGCGGCCGCUGCGACUGCGGGCGGCAAGGCUCCGGGCCAGCAUGGGGGCUUCGUGGUGGCUGUCAAGCAAGAACGAGGCGAGGGCCCGAGGGCCGGCGAGAAGGGAUCCCAAGAGGAGGAGCCGGUGAAGAAACGCGGAUGGCCUAAGGGCAAGAAGCGGAAGAAGAUCCUGCCAAAUGGACCCAAGGCACCUGUCACCGGCUACGUGCGCUUCCUGAAUGAGCGGCGUGAGCAGAUUCGCACGCGCCACCCGGACCUGCCCUUUCCUGAGAUCACCAAGAUGCUGGGUGCUGAGUGGAGCAAGCUGCAGCCCGCAGAGAAGCAGCGAUACUUGGAUGAGGCUGAGAGGGAGAAGCAGCAGUACAUGAAGGAGCUGCGGGCGUACCAGCAGUCCGAAGCCUACAAGAUGUGCACGGAAAAGAUCCAAGAAAAGAAGAUCAAGAAAGAGGACUCGGGCCCUGGGCUCAUGAAUACCCUCCUGAAUGGACACAAGGGUGGGGACUGCGAGGGCUUCUCCACCUUCGAUGUCCCCAUCUUCACUGAAGAGUUCUUGGACCAAAAUAAAGCGCGGGAGGCGGAGCUGCGGCGCCUGCGGAAGAUGAACGUGGCCUUCGAGGAGCAGAACGCGGUGCUGCAGAGGCACACGCAGAGUAUGAACAGCGCGCGCGAGCGCCUGGAGCAGGAGUUGGCGCUGGAGGAGCGGCGUACCCUGGCCCUGCAGCAGCAGCUCCAGGCCGUGNNNNGGGCGCUCCCUGCUAGGCUCGACUGACGGGUCCCGCCCUUCCCAGGCACUGGCGAGACGCCCACGCUCAGCACCCUGGACUUCUACAUGGCCCGGCUGCACGGCGCCAUCGAGCGCGACCCCGCCCAGCAUGAGAAGCUCAUCGUCCGCAUCAAGGAGAUCCUGGCCCAGGUCGCCAGUGAGCAUCUAUGAGGGUGUUGGCCGGCCUGCAGAUCCUGAGGAGACCACGCUCUGGUCAUGGCCCCUUCCCUACCCCUGCCCACGAAGAAGGGCUGGGGGUUCAUCUUGGGGCCAGGCCUGAUCCUGCACCUUGGGGGCCCCAGCUCCCCUAAAAUUAAAUUUCUACAACUUUCUAGCUUUCGACCUCUAGUCCCCAAACCCAGAAAAAUCACCACCAUGCACAACACCCAUUGGACCCCAUGGCCGGGGACCCAGCAAGGGCCACUCACCUCACGAGGCUUAUCAUACACUACAGGGGCGUGGGGAUGUCACACAGAGGCAGCCUAGUCCAAGACAAGGGACCCGCAGCAGCUUGCACAUCCCUGGCAGGCGUGGCGGCUUGCACACCCACACUAGUUCCCCAGCACUGGCCAGAUCCCUGGGACUCCCCGCAGGUGCUCACGUGCACCCACAAACAGGCAUGCUGCGGUGAAGUGCUCCCACAUGGGGUGGGCCUUUGCCUGCCUGCCUGCACCCUUCUGCAGUGCAGAAUGGAGGGACUGACUGGUACUGGCCAUCCCACCCUUGUCCAGCCGAGGGUCCCUGCUGAAGGUGGCGCUUUAACCACUGUUCAAUCUGGACUUUUUAAA